CAUCCUGUCGCAUCGUUCAUCCACUGAGUGAGCGUGUACGGGUCGGCCAAUGUGGUUCCGUUUGUUAAAGUUCAUUUCUUCAAAUAGCAUUCGCUGUCCUGGACAGUGAGUGAUCUAACAUAGUCAGAUAAAUUCGGAUAAAUUUGACCAGUCGUUGUUUCAAAACAAACUAACAAAACUUGAUAACUACCUCUUGUAAAGUGGUCAGGGAAAACUUUCUGCCUCCGCCUAAGCUCCGCCCACAAACGUUUACUAAUCGGUAUCCCUUGGUAACCGUACAGCACACAGCAUACAUGGAGCGGUCCGAGCGACAAAAGCCUCAGCUUAUUGCUAACCAGCCCUACGACGAGACUCUGGACAUCAACGACUCAGAAGAGGUGUCCAGUUUGUACACACCUACUCCACGGCAAGCAGUCUUAAGGAACACAAGCCGACUGCAGCUGAAAAACAUGGCCAAUAGUGGCAGUGAUGAGUUUGAAGACAGUACCAAGCAGAAAAAGAAAGGACCACCUGCUAGUCCACGUGAAGCAACUGAAAAUGAUGAAGAGGAUGAUGAUGAGGAGGAGGAGGAGGAUGAUUCUGAUGAAACAGAGUCAGAUGAAGAUGAUGGGGAGCCAGGAUCAGCUCCAGAAGGGGCAUAUGAUCCGUCAGAUUAUGACCAUCUCCGUGUCACAUCAGAUAUCAAAGAACUUUUCCAGUACAUCACACGAUACACACCACAGACCAUUGAAUUGGAUCAUAAGCUGAAGCCUUUUAUUCCAGACUUCAUUCCAGCCGUAGGCGACAUUGAUGCUUUCCUCAAAGUUCCUCGGCCAGAUGGGAAGGUGGAUGGUCUGGGCUUGGUAGUGUUGGAUGAACCAUGUGCUAAACAGUCUGACCCAACUGUGCUCUCCCUGUGGCUUUCUGAGAACACUAAACAACACAAUGUCGCUGAAGUGAAAGUGAAGAGUAUUGAGAAUCCACAGAAGAACCCAAAAGCUAUAGAUAACUGGAUCGAAAGCAUCAGUGAACUACAUCGCUCCAAACCUCCAGCUACAGUACAUUACACCAGACCCAUGCCAGACAUUGAUACCCUGAUGCAGGAAUGGCCACCUGAGUUUGAAGAGCUUUUGGGCAAGGUGAACCUCCCCACAGCAGAUAUUAACUGUGACCUGGCAGAGUACAUUGACAUCAUUUGCGGUAUCUUGGACAUUCCAGUGUACAAGAACCGAAUCCAGUCUCUCCAUGUCCUGUUCACACUCUAUUCUGAAUUCAAAAACUCCCAGCACUUUAAGAAUUUGGCAGAGGGCCGCAAGUCCAACAUGCUACUACCAACUACUACCAACGCUACUACAGAAGCAGAGACACUCACGCUAGAGUGAUCUUUCUCUCUGGCUCAUAUCCCUACUAGCUCUUUUGGUUUCAUUCUCUGUAUCUCUCGAUUUCUUUCUCUCUCUCUCACUCACUCACACACACACCUACCUAUAUGAAUACACAGACUUUAUAAGAGAGCCAUUGAGUAACAUGUCACUCUGCCCCCACUCUUCAUCACAGUACAUAGCAGUGUUAAUUUAAAUUCUCAGCAGUCUGUAAAUUUUAUUAAUAAAAUGUCUGUAUAUUUCUACAAAAUGCAUGUAUAGCUACAAUUUCUGUGUUCUGUGAAAUUUGCAAAUAAAGACUUUUUUCCUCUCA